AUGUCAGCGUACGCCGAUCAGCUUCGCGAACAGGAACUUUUCUCAGCGCUGAAAUCCCAAAUCACUAGUCUUUCCACCCCACUCUACGGUACACGUUCCGAAGAUGCAUCAAAGGUCUACGAUGUGGUUUCUUACAGCAGGCCUUACGACAAUGACAAUGUCGAAGAGCAACCAUCACAGCUAAGUUUCGGUGUAGCAAUAAUCCUCUACACAGGGCCUCCAGCAUCACCCUUCACACCUUGGACAUUGAUCAGCCAUGUGGAGAACCAACCCGAUAUAAUCACUGGGGCAAAUCGUUUAUUGGCAGAUUUGAGGAGGGGCAUGGGUGGAGUUAUUGAGGACAUGGGGAGAAAAACACUGCCAUACUGGUUAGCUGAUGACAUGGUGAAAAUAGGUGUUUGUAUGCAGACGGGUAAUUGGACGACAACACAUGGGAGAAUUCCCAAUGUUGUUCCGGGAGUGGGCGAAGUAGAGCUAAAGGAAUGCGAGAAUGAAGAGGACUACGAGGAAGAUCAGGACAGUAUCGAACAGGACAACGAAGACGGUAAGAGAGACGAUGAGAGCGACGAAUUGGAGGACACCGGCAAGGGCGGCUGGAGCCCGCGAUUGGAGUCUAUCACAGAAGAAAUAUAG